ACAUGCGUGGUUGAACCAUUAGUUCUAUGUAGAGUAUAUAAGUUCAACGUGUCCUUCGCUCUUGCCCUCGCCCUUGCCCUCAGCAUUAUAAGAGUUAGUUAAGUUCGACCUUCGCAAAUAGCACCUGCAGACCAAAGGAUAAAAUAAUAAUAACAAAACCUGAGAUGUCAUCCUCGGAGAGUAAGAUUAUGAUCCAGCAGGUCGUGGCUGGUGGGGCUCAAGAGUCCAGCCUCCCGGUGAAAGAGAUCCCAGGGAGCUGGGGAAUCCCCUUCGUGAGCCCCAUCAGAGACCGCCUCGACUUUUAUUACUUCCAGGGUCAGGACAAUUUUUUCAAGACCCGCAUCGAACAGUACGGCUCCACCGUGUUCCGAGUGAACAUGCCCCCAGGGCCCUUCAUGGCCCGCAACUCGGGUGUCAUUGCCGUCCUCGACGCCAAGUCAUUCGACGUCCUCUUCGACGUCUCUAGGGUGGAGAAGCGCGACGUCUUCACAGGCACCUACAUGCCCUCCACCUCCCUCACGGGUGGUUACCGUGUCUGCUCCUACCUCGAUCCGUCCGAGCCCAACCAUGCUAAGAUCAAACAGCUCCUCUUCACCCUACUCGCCUCCCGCAAGUCCAACGUCAUCCCGUCCUUCCGUUCUUUCUACUCGUCUCUAUUCCAGACCAUGGAGUCCCAGCUCACCGCCUCCCCGGGUGCCAAGUCUGACUUCAACAAGCUCAAUGAUGUAACUGCCUUCGACUUCCUCGGCGAUGCGUUCUUCGGGGUCAGCCCGUCCAACACCAACCUCGGCACUAAUGGUCCCUCCAAGGCCACCAAGUGGCUCUUCUUCCAGCUCUGCCCCCUUAUGACCCUCGGUCUCCCCAAGAUUUUGGAGGAGUUAUUCCUCCAUACUUUCCCACUCCCACCAUUCCUCGCUAAGUCCAACUACAAGGCCCUCUAUGAUUACUUCAGCUCCGCGGCUGCUCCGGUGCUCGACACGGCCGAGAAGCUCGGGCUUUCCAGGGAGGAGGCGUGCCACAACCUUCUCUUCACCACAGUCUUCAACAGCUACGGCGGCUUCAAGGUGCUCUUCCCAGGGAUCCUCAAGUGGCUGGCGCUGGCUGAUCCGAAGUUGCACUCACAACUGGCCAAGGAGAUCCGAUCUGUCGUCGAGGCAGAGGGAGGGAAGGUGACGCUGGCGGCCAUCAACAAGAUGGAACUCACGAAGUCCGUCGUGUAUGAAGCCCUGCGCAUGGACCCUCCAGUGAAGUUUCAGUACGGCAAGGCCAAGAAUGACAUGGUAAUUGAAAGCCACGACGCGGCGUAUAAGGUGAGCAAGGGGGAGAUGAUCUUUGGUUACCAGCCCCUUGCGACCAGAGAUACCAGGGUGUUUGAGAAUGGAGACGAGUUCGUCGGGGACAGGUUUGUGGGGGAGCAAGGACAGAAGCUUCUCAAGCAUGUGCUGUGGUCCAAUGGGCACGAGACGGAGAGCCCGACGGUGGAGGACAAGCAAUGCGCAGGGAAGGACUUUGUGGUGCUUGCGGGGAGGCUGCUCGUCGUCGAGUUCUUUCUCAGAUACGAUACCUUCACUGCGGAGGUGGGAACCCAACUGCUAGGUGCUCAAGUCACUGUUACGUCUUUUGACCAAGGCUGCCUAGCUCUUUGCAAUGGCCAAACCUGCUGCAUGGAGCGAGCCCCUCUUGAUAUUAUAGUUCCUACUAGUUUAAACUAUGUGGUAUUUACCGUGUGCGGAUAACUUAUCCGAAUAAGCUACGGCCAUGCUAGUAAAGCCAUGCUUGUCAUGGCUAAGCAUGGCUUUAUCCCUGUUAUUGAGUUAUUUUACUUUUAAGUUAAAUAAAUUAAGGAAUGAUGCUUGUAAUUAAUGAUA